GAUGUAAGCAAAAUAGUAAAAAUUCUGUGUAAAUUAAGGACAGCGAUGUGAAUUGAAACGAAUUACGCAGUAGUGACUCAUUUUCGUGCUUGAAUUACUAUUUGACUGUUGAUUUGCCAAAAAGUGUGUCUAGCCGAAAAUGCUUUCCGAACCAUCCAACAAACUUUGUGGAGUGUGUGGACACAGCAGUCAUCACGAAGACGGAUGCGAUCUAAUUGCUCUUAAGGCUACGAGGCUGGUAAAGGACAGUGUAAUCCCAACCAAGGCUCAGCUUAGUUUGCCAUCAUGUCUCGCCUUAUCGAAGGCCUCUCAGAAUACUGACGAGGAUGCUGCUUCUAAUAUGCUAGGAUUACAUCGUGGCGAAUGGGUAGAAGCCAAAGAGAAUUUAUUGAGAGGUACAUGGUUUGGCCCUCUCGAUACAUCAAAGACUCGUCGACUUCGAGGAAAUCCGCGCAUUAAGCUAGCAAACAUACAAAAUCGGAGCCGCCUGCCCUUAUGGUACGAUACAUUUGAUCCGACCGUUUGCAACUGGAUGAUGUUGGUACCGAUAUGUAAAAAGAAUCAGAUACCGUCUGAUGGAUUAACAUCAUCAGUCAGCGCAACAAAUCUGUUGGUGGUCGAGUAUGACGGAAAAAUUUACUUUGUUGCUUCAAGAGAGAUCAGAAAAGGAGAACGACUUGAAGCUGCCUACUCUCCAUCGUACAAAACUUCUAUCGAUAAAAUAAUAGCAGCCGAGAAAAAACGCGUUUGGAGCAAGAUUUCGCAUUCAGCCUCCAUAAAGCGAAGGAAAAUUCGAAGCAGUAACGAAAAUGAAACAUCGAGUGAAGUCGCACCAUACAUCUGCGCAAGCUGUGCAGUUUGCUUUGACAGGGAAUCUAAGUUUCAAAAACAUAUUCAGGAUGCGCAUAGAAACACAUGCGAUUUUGGUUUGAACACUGUAGUUGACAAGCAUCUCAUUCUUUGUGAUAGCGGAGCUACUGGACUACAAGUCGUAGAAAACGUCACGGUACAGUCUGUAAACCAAAAUUUGUUGCAUGAGACGGAACAGCCUACUUCACCACAAAAAUUAAUUGUAGACUUACACUCUAUCGGUGCAGAAACAUCUGGACAAAAUAAGGGGAAAGCAAACCUUGCUCGUUCCUUGGACAUUGACUCGUCACGUGGGCAGGCCGUAAUAGUGCGAGGGUCAAUGGGGGUCGUUGAUAGUACUGCAUGUGAGACGAGACCCGAAAUCUCAGAAGAUGCCCUAGAAUAUGAACAAGAGGCUGUGGACACUUUAGCGACAAUAGACAGUGCUACGUCGGGUGGCCGAAUUGAAUUGGAGGUUGUCGAACGGUUUACUAACCUUUCCAGUACCGGUAGUACAUCAACUAGCUCGGUUAUGCGCAGCGGUGCAGCUUGCCACAUAUGUUUGAAGUGGCUCUCAAGUAGCGCCACGCUGCGCAGCCAUGUCCGCGCAUGUCAAAUGUCAAGGAACGGUGACAUACCUGAUUUAGGAGCGUGCCGUUACUGUGGUUUAGUUCUGACAUCUCUGCCGGAAUACCGCCGUCAUGUGCUCAGCCACCUACUUGAGCACGAGUGUCCACUCUGCAGGGCGCGUUUCAGGUUAGCGUCAUUGGUAGUUUCUCAUGCAUGUCCUUGUCUUCGGGCCAGCCGUGAACUAAGCGUCGAACACCAUUGCGACGUUUGCGAAAUCGAUAUCGGCAACCUGAUCUCGACAGAGGUGCAUUUACGGUUAGGUUGUCAAGGGUAUCGACGACCAUAUAAGUGCGAACGUUGCGAGCAAUCAUUUUACUUGCAAUCGUCUCUACAGUAUCACCUUUGUCUUGUCAAAGGAGAAGAAGGUUUGAGGGAAAUUGAUCUGGAGACAACAGCGCCCGGCUUCGUCUGUGAGACCUGCGGGGCAUUUCUAUCCUCAACGUCGUCACUAAACAAGCACAGAUUAAGGCAUACUAACCCUGCAUUCAAUUGUGCAGAAUGUGGAAAAUCUUUUCAUCGUCAAGAUGGCCUCGAAGGGCACAAGGCCACACAUCAGCGUCAUCGAGAACGGCAGCAGCAGCAGCAACAACAACAGAGCUUACCACUGCCUGAUGUAAAAGUGCUCAGUAAUGAAGCAGCCGAAGGAAAAGACGUUUCGGGUACUGCGGUAUUAUCAUAUCCAUCAGCAGAAAGAGUUACGACAAACAGCACCCAUUGUUGCUACAUAUGCGGUAAAGGAUUGUCUUCCAGGAGUAGCUUACGGGUUCAUCUGCGUAGCCAUAGCACAAACUACCGCUUCCGAUGCCCGCAUUGCGAAAAGGGUUACAACCAGAAGAUAAAUCUUGAGAAACACUUAAUUUCCUCCCAUCAGUCAGUGAAAUUUUGGUGCGGAGAAUGUAAACGUAGCUUUACGUCAAAAGAGUCUUUAGAGUUGCACUCACUGGACCAUCAAGGAGCUCCAAGGGAACAUCGGUGUUCGCUUUGCCCAGCUGCAUUUCAUCGUGUUUACCAACUGAGGAAACAUCAGCGCCACCUGCAUAAUGGUCGCAUAUUUUCGUGUCCGCUUUGUACAUCGACCAUGAAGCUGGCCGGUUCCCUUUUGCGACACCUGCGAACGAUUCACCCGGAUAGACCGGACGUUGCCGCUACGCAGGCUAAAGAGGUUGCUAAUCUGGAUAGGCGUCUGCCAUGAACCGAUUCUGGUAAAGGCGCAAAGGAUGAGAGGGAUCCGGGGGGUGAAUCGAGCAGCAUGGACUCUCAUAAGAAGCCAUCGCUUAUGGAAAAUCGCAACCCAUUACCCAAGUACCGCAAUCAUGCAAAAAAUGUAUAUUUACUAGCAGCAAUCCAGAAUCUGUAGUUGAUAGAGAUUAAUAUUUUAAUUGAUUGAUGACAAAUGAUUGUCUAUAAUGUUGUUAUAUAUGAAUGUCAUUGAAAAAGUUAGAUUGGUAUGGGUCAUUCUACGUUAGCGCAAUGUGUGAUGUAUAAUGGUCUCUUGGGUAUACAAUCUUUCUAUAUUAGAUUGGAGUCAUUUUCAUUUACACAAAGGAAAAUUAUGUACAUUACAGUUACUGCAUACAGUAUAUGCCUAAAAAUUGUUUAGUAAUUUAUUUGACGUUUUGCGGUUAUGACAUGUAUUUCGCGGUCUGUGCCAAGGUGCUACAUGCCGGAUAGAACUUUUUAAAAAGAGAGUGAGAUUAGACAUGACUGCUAACAUCUUCGACCAGUAUUGUAGUUCUUUUGCCGCGUAUAAUUUAAAUAUUGCUUACCCGAAGUAUUUGAUGUACGUGAGCUAACAUUAUAUUCGAUACGCAUAAUUUGAUGUUUUCAGAACUCACCAUUAUAACAUGUAAUAUAAACUAGAUCAAUUUUCGAUGGAAUCGAAGCAAAAUUCUUCAGUGUCUUCAAACAGUCUCUGAAUCUGCUAGCAGAAAGUAUCAUGGUAUCAUUGUAAACGGUGUCCUGAUUUAACAGGAUCCUAAUUCAUGUAGGUUCAUGAUAGUAUUUACAUGAGCCGUCAAACAUUUUGAUCAUUCGAGGAUUGCUUGGAAGCGAAUUAGAAGAUUAGUGUGAGAUCAAUAUCAGUCAAACUGGCAAAUUUGGCAUAGAUUUAAUUAAGUAUUUUCUUUAUUGAUACUGCAAAACGGUGUACAUACCAACUCAACUUGAUUAUAAUUUCUCAUCUUGUCAAAAAACUAAAUAAGCUCUAUUUAUAAGGAAACGUAUGGGAGAAUAGGUACUAUUCUAUACUACUGUAUCAUAUUAUUUGCUGGGAAUGUCUUAAACAAAAAUAUCAGUUGUAAAUGUGCGAGUUUGGUAGAGUUGUGUUUUCUAUUUGAAAUACCGUUGAGGUAAAACUAUAAUUCUCUGUACCGUGUGUGAGACCAGGGUUAGAAUUAUUAUAGGCUUAGCCCCAUUUAAUGAAGUUCUAUCGUAACUCUGUUUUUAACGAAAAGUUUUAUUUGUUCAAAUACGAAAGUAGAAUUUCACAAGCGUAAUUUAGUUUGUUUUACACAGAUUGUGCUAGUCGUAGUUGUUAUAGAGAAAAUGUGCUAAAACAUUUUCAGUAGCUAUUUUAUGCGGAGAUCACACACGUGCUACACCAGUGUUUACUUUUAAUCGUUACAUUAUACGUUUAAUACAAGAAAAUAUAUUAUAUAACUUUACAUGCAUAUAUCGAGCUUUAUAAAUUGCAUAUUUUACUCUAUUGGUCCAUUAAAGUGGACAGUGAAUGACUUUUAUUGAGAAAAUACAAAAAUGAGGUUUCUACAACAAGAAAUAACCAAUAAAAAAGGUGUUGAACAACUACGAUGUUAUGUAGAGAAGACGAUUCGAACUGCAAAAAGGAGACAACUUAUUCACUCAGUGAAAAAUACAAAGAUAUUCGAUUUAACUGUUAUUGAUUACAGAUGUUGUAGUUGGGCAUACCUCCUUUUUUUUAGCACGUAAUACAUUUUUUAUUACGCCUCACUGCCAGCAUUCUAAGCUCAUAAAAUGAGUAGUGCAACAAUGUGGUGCACCUGAUUUUUUUUAAUAAAAGAACUUACGGAUUCAUACAAAAACAUAUUUUUAUUCGUCGAUGACGUUCGAGGCUCAAAUACUGAGAAUAAUAUGCAUAGAAGGUGCAGUCGCUCCUUUAAUUAUCAUCUUAUGGCGGCUCUGUAUUCACAUAAUCGUUGCUCUUUACGCUCCGACAGAAAUCAGUGAAACUCACAAUCUUAUUCAUCCAAAGUCUGUUAUCUCUGUAAAAUCGUAGAAUAUACAUAAUAUCUAUCUUGUUUCCUCUACGCUAACAAAUAAAGAGUUAUAAAAGUAAAUUUUCAUCUUUGAGUACUAAAUUCCGUUUAGCAUACUUUAACAGAACCGAGCAUUUAGAUUUAAUGGUUCUAUGUAGACUAUGCGUUUGUUAUGGACUAACG